AGCGUCUCGGUCAUCUGAGCUGGCGGCCACCCCUGCGGCGCGACGGCGAUCGUGGCUCCACCGCGGCAUUACCUGCUGGCGCGAUGACGCCGGAGUACGACUACCUGUUCAAGCUGCUGCUCAUCGGCGACUCCGGCGUGGGGAAGUCUUGCCUGCUGCUGCGGUUUGCGGAUGACACGUACACCGAGAGCUACAUCAGCACCAUCGGGGUCGACUUCAAGAUACGUACCCUCGAUCUGGACGGCAAGACAGUGAAGCUCCAGAUCUGGGAUACUGCGGGCCAGGAACGCUUCCGCACCAUCACGAGCAGCUACUACCGCGGAGCUCAUGGCAUCAUUGUCGUCUACGACGUCACCGACAACCAGUCUUUCCAGAACGUCCGGCAUUGGAUGCAGGAGAUCGACAAGUACGCGGCGGACGGAGUGAACAAGCUGCUGGUUGGAAACAAGUGCGAUCUGUCCUCGAAGAAGGUCGUCUCGUACGACGAGGCCAAGGAGCUGUCGGACUCCCUGGGCGUGCAGUUCAUGGAGACCAGCGCCAAGAACGCGCACAACGUGGAGCAGGCCUUCCAGAUGAUGGCGGGCGAGAUCAAGAACCGCGUCGCCUCCCAGCCCGCGCCGCGCGCCGGGGGGGCCGCGGGCGCGACGCUUGGCCAGGGCACGAAGG